AGUUUCACACUGCUGUUGUCUUUAUUAGACUCAAAACAUAGACAUUAUUUCAAAUAAAUUCGUGUUUUUGUACUUUUUUUAAACAAAGAAAUAGUGUUUAAGUCUCUUUUUUAAAUAGUUUUCGAGUAUUUUGACCGAUUAUUUCGAGUUUUCUAAAGGUUUUGUGUAUUAAAAUGGAGAAUACAGAUGAAAGUUCUGCCGAUAUAAAGGGUUUUAAUCUGAACCCUUCUAAUACUAGUAAUCCCCUCCUGAUCCCGGACGAAGUCAGCGUGAAGUUUGACCCAAACGCCUUGUAUUAUGACAUGAGCGGUGAUAAAUACCUCAUCAUAUUGAACCAGCAUACCUUCAAGAAAACUAUAUAUUUUCAAAACAAGCAGCCAUCAACAAGAAAUGGUACUGACAAUGACGUGAAGAGUUUGAAAGCCAUAUUCGGGAACCUAGGAUUCGAAGUCAUCGUCCAUAGAGACCUGGAAUAUUCAGACAUUAUCAAAAAUCUAACUGCAAUUGCUUCCAAAGACCACUCGAAGACUUCUUGUAUCUGUAUCACAAUCCUCACGCAUGGCGACAAGGGAGGCGAGGUCCACGCGGCAGACCGGCCGUAUUUGCUGACAGAUAUCAUGGCCAUCUUCGAGAAACAGCUGAGCCUCGUCAACAAACCGAAGUUGUUCUUUGUUCAGGCUUGCAGAGGCGCCAACAUGGACGCUGGUAACACUGUAGCUCUGGACAGUCAGAGCGACAGUGUGCUGACUAUACCCACACACGCUGACUUCCUCGUGCUGUGUUCCACUGUGGAAGACCACCUGUCCUAUCGAGACAUGUACGGUUCCUGGAUGAUCCAAGCCCUCUGCCAUGUCAUCAAGGAACACCACGAAGACCUGGACCUGCUCCACAUGAUCACCCUCACGAACAGGAAGGUAGCUUACGAGAGGAGCACCUACACACCAUCAAAUAUGGCGAUGAAUAAUAAAAAACAGAUGCCAGAAACGAGAUUCACUCUCACUAAGUUGUUGAAAUUUUGAAGCAGUUCCGAAGCCUUUGUGCUUCGGAUGUCGCUUUUGUUAGGUAUUAAAGUUAGAUUUUAAUUAUUUGUAUCUUAUAAUAUUUGUUAGCUCAAUAAAUGUAAUGUAGGCAUAUUGUACUCAUGUGUAGGUAUACAUUAUAAUUAAAUUUAUUUAUGUAUGUAUAUCUCCGAAAUAUAUUAGUUUAUCUUUCAUUGUUAAAUAAAAUCACUGCUUGCCUCUUGCA